AUGACAAAAAAUUCAAAACCUACCACAAUGGCCGAAGAACUGGAUCUCAUGUCAGCCAAAUUGAUACUGGAUCUGAAUGAUGGAGACAUUAAUGAAGUAAGUGCCUUGAACACUUUGAAAGUUUUCCAAAAAUAUGUCAAAAACGAAUCAUUUUGGGAAGAGGUCAGCAGUGUAAAUAUAGAGCUCGCGCCUGCAAUGUCCGUUACAUCGGAGGAGGUCUUUAACCGUGUGAUUGAGCUUAGCAAAGAUCCAAAAGGCAGGCUUGCUCUCAAGCAGUUAAGAUUGACCAUUGCAAAAGAAAAAGUCAAGGCAAUUGAGGAGAAUGAGGACGACAUUACUGCAGUUUUAGACAUAAUGGAAAUUAUAGCCAGAAAUGUUGUAGCUGACGACACAUUAAAGCCAGACGAGAAUGAUUCAGAACUGACAUGCUAUAGAAAAGUGGCAUCCAUUCUGGAUAUUCUACUGAAAGAUUUGAACUUAACUUGCUAG